GCCGAGAGCAGGCACGUAAUUUUUAGCACCAAUUCCUCGUCCCUCUGAGGUUUUCCAGCGCAGUGAGGAUUCUUCUACGCCGAGGUUUGAGCAUAAGCGGCGGAGACAGACACCAACGGCGACGAGAGGCAGCGCGUGGCGGCGCGGGAGAGACCUCGGCGACGACGGCGUUGGUUAAUUCCAUUUUCGUUGCAGCAGCAAUCAAUCCAACAAAAAGUGAGGAUUCUUUGCUCAAAUAGACAGAAAGCUAUUCAUCCAUGGCGUCUCUUCUUCUCCCUCCUCAAUUUGCGUGCUCCCUGCCUUACUACUGCAUCAGGGGUCAAUUACAUUAUAAGUCUGCCAUUUUGGGAAUGAAUAUGACCAAGACUAAAAUGAGGUUGCUCAACCGAAAUGUGAGUUUUGUGUCAAAGAAGAGUCCUCAAGAUGUAGAAGAAAGCUCAAGCGAUGAACAAAGUGAAGUUGAUAUCUCAAAGACCAAGAAAAAAGCUGCGAAACGUGGAAGAAAGAAAGCCACCAUAGAUACAUCAGAAGGGGAAACACAGAAAGGCCAGAAGGGCACUGAAGAUGCAUCCCCUGAAGAGACUAAGACAGUAAAAAAGAGAGGCCGCAAGAAAGCUGCUACCACUGCAAGCUCUGUGGAAGAGAAGGACAAGGCAAAAGAACCAAAGAAGAGGGGCAGAAAAAAAGUUAAGGUGGCUGAACAAUUGAGUGACGAUGAAGGAGAAGAUCAGAUGAUAAUGCCCUCUAAUGAAAUAAAAGAUGUCAGUUCAGUCAUUGAUCUUGAAAGUAAAGUUGAUUCAUUGCUAUCACAAGAUAUUGGAGAGGUUGACAAGUUAAUGCCUCUUGUCUGCUGCUUUGGAGCAGCUAAAUAUGCAUUUAUUCCUUCUGGAAGACCUGCUAGCAGGUUGGUGGAUCGUGAAAUUCAUAGUAGAAUGGGGGAUAUGUUUUGGUCUCCAGAUGAAUUUGUGAGGGCACCUGGUGGGUCAUCAUCCAAUGUUGCCCUUGCUCUAGCGGCUCUUGGCGGUCGGGUUGUGUUCAUGGGAAAAUUAGGUGAUGAUGAGUAUGGUCAAAGUAUGUUGUAUCACUUAAAUGUCAAUGGAGUUCAAACUCGAGCAGUUUGUAUGGAUUCCUCAGCGCCAACUGCCAUGUCCUUGAUGAAGGUGACGGGCAGAGGUAACUUGAUCACAAAUUGUGUUAAACCAUGUGCAGAGGAUUGUUUUCUGCAAUCGGAUAUCAACCCAGAGGUUCUAAAAGAGGCUAAGAUGUUUUACCACAACUCAUCAGCUUUGCUAGAGCCGUCUACACGGUCAUCGUUGUUAAAAGCAAUUGAGGUCUCCAAGAAAUUCGGUGGGACAGUAUUCUUUGAUCUCAAUCUUCCACUCCCACUGUGGGCAUCCAGCAAGGAGACAAAAUCACUCAUCAAUGAAGCAUGGGAAGCUGCUGAUAUCAUCGAAGUCACGAAACAGGAGUUUGAGUUCCUCUGCGGUAUUAAACCGUCUGGGCACUCCGACACGAAAGACGAGUUCACACAUUACAGCCCGGAAGUUGUCACGAAGCUGUGGCAUGAUAAUCUCAAGGUCCUCUUUGUGACCAACGGGACCUCGAAGAUACACUAUUACACGGAGAAACACAAUGGGUGGGUCCGUGGGACAGAAGAUGCACCGAUCACUCCUUUCACCAGUGACAUGUCACAGUCGGGCGAUGCCAUUGUUGCAGCCCUGAUGAACAUGCUGUCGAUCAACCCACACCUGGCGACAGACAAGGUCUACCUGCACAGGGCGGCGAAGCACGCCAUCAAAUGCGGUGUCAUCGACCAGUGGCUGAUCGCACGAGAGCGGGGUUUUCCCCCAAGAGAAAGAGUAGAUCCGACCGGUGAGCAUGACCAUGUGAGGUUCAUCACAGAGAAGGAAUACCGUACUAUCCCUGAUGCUGCCCCGCAACCAGCAGCUGACAGCGAGCUUGCGCUCGUGGAGUGAACAGAGAUAAAGCUUAGGAGGUCAACAUUUCUAUACAGUGGUGGAUUUCCAUGCACGUACGUCUCUUGCGGGAACUGCUUGAUCGUGCUAGUUAGUGUCAGAAGGAUUAGCUUAAACCUGCAUGCAGUUUUCUAGGUUUCUUUUUUUUCGGAUGAGUUCUCUAGGUUUGUUGAUUCGGCAUAGGGGCAGGUAGAGUCAAACUUUUGCACCGAGAUCUCGCUAAAUGUAGACGAUAAAAGCAGGCUUGUGGCCGAUGGCUAAAUAAACUGCCUCCAUAGGUAAUGAAAGGCAAACCUGUCUAAGAA